UCUCCAUUGGAAAUAUGGAUGAUGCUUUUAAGGCAAUAAAAACUAUUAAAAGUGAAACUGUGUGGGAGAACAUGGCCAAGAUGUGCGUCAAAACAAAGAGGCUGGAUGUGGCAGCACUGUGUCUGGGCAACAUGGGGCAUGCACGGGGUGCCCGGGCACUGCGCUAUGCCAUGAAAGAGCCUGAGCUGGACGCCAGGGUGGCCAUGCUGGCACUACAAUUGGGCAUGCUGGACGAAGCAGAACGUUUGUAUCGAGGGUGUGGACGCAAUGACUUAGUAAAUCGCCUCCACCAAGAUGCUGGAGUGUGGUCGAAGGCCCUUGAAGUAGCAGAGAACCAUGACAGGAUUCACCUUCGGUCCACCCACUACAAUUACGCAAAGCACUUGGAGAGUAAAGGGGACUUCAGCGGGGCCAUUAGCCAUUACGAAAAAUCUGACACCCACAGAUUUGAAGUCCCUCGGAUGUUGUUUGACGAUCUACCUACACUGGAAGAUUAUAUUAUGCACACAAAAGACAAGGCUCUGAGGAGAUGGUGGGCACAGUACCUGGAGUCUACUAGUGAAAUGGAGACAGCACUGCAGUUUUAUGAAGCUGCUCAUGACCAUUUGUCUCUGGUUAGAGUAUACUGUUACUGUAAUAACCUUCAAAAGGCUGCAGACAUCGCUAAUGAGACUGGUGAUCGGUAAGUGUACUAUGGGAUUUAAAGAAUAUCCUGUUGUCCAAUGAUUCUAUGUGCUUGGAUAAGCAUUAUGCUUUGUGCUUUUCUUAGGUACAGUAUUUGACUUAAUGCAAAUAUAGGUUUGCCUGUUGGCAAUGUAAAUUGAAUCAUGAAAGUUUUGUUUAAUAUUCCCAUGAAGAAUGGUUAUUUGUA